AUGGACAGCAACUCAUCCGGCGCCUACGCGAGCCGCCCGAGCAUCUCCACCUUCCCCCCACGAAAAUACUCUGCCGCGGCCCCUCUGGCAUCCCCAUACAGCCCCAGCGACAUGCUGCACCCCCACUGGCAGAGCGGCAGCGGAACCCCGAGCGGUUCUGGCUCUGCUCCCCGACCCCACCGUUCCCGAGCCAACUCGGGUGACAACUCUGCCUCGGACGACAGUCCGGGGCGGAGAAGCCGAAGACAGGGGGUGACGGAGCGCCCUGUUUCGCGUUUGCCUUCGCCAAACUCGAAGGACGAGAGAGUUUGGAUGGUGGUGAGAACUAUGACGGACCAUUCUUAUCGACUGGAGUUGAGGCCGAGGAUGGAGUAUACGCCUGAAGAGCUGUUGUUGACCGACGUGUAUGUCUGUCGAACGGUGGAGGAUGACAAGCAAGUAUGGCAUAGCGCUUGUAAACGUACCGACGGAUUCUCACCAUCCACGUGCGACGAAGGUUACCACUCCAUCAACCCGCUGACCGACGUCGCCACCACCCCCAUCUCACUGACCGACAAACACCCCUACGCCAUGUCCAUCCUCCCUUGGGACCACCCCGACAUCAACCUCGACGCCGAAGUACUCCUCCGCAACGGCGCUUCCGUCGAGGCGUUCAUCGACGCCAACGCCGACGCCCGGGCAGAAAGUCUGGAGCGGUAUGAAAUCUGGCAAUCCCGUGCGGCGUAUAGGCGGAGUUGGCAGAGGCUCAAUGUUGAGUCACACGCUAUCACCGAGCUGAAAAGUCGGAUAGCAGAGCUGGACGGGCACUGUACCCAAGCGACCAAGGUCGUACAAGAGGCGCAUGAAAAACUCCGGAACCACCGCUUGACGCUGGACCAGCCCGAUACGGAGACCGAGAUUAACUUGUCGGCAGCGGGGAGCAACCUAGGUGAUGCGGAACAGUACUUGGGCCAUUUGGAGGGUGUGAGAAACAGUAUUAGGGCUCUGAAAGGAGGGAGUGAGAGUUCGACGAAAAGGUUGAAUUCGAUACAUCAAGCAUCCUCCCUCGCCGUCGAAAACUUCCGGACGCUCUAUAAUGAGGUCAAGUUUGGGAUCAGUGAAGCUCGGCGGACAAACUAUUCCCAAAAGAUGGCUGCGAUAAGCGUUUCGGAGGUGAGCUUUGACUUGCUGCAUGAACGGCUGGAUGGGGUGAAGAAUGCCAAAGUGCAGUUGCAAUCCCAGCUGGAGGAGCUAGAGCACGAGUUGGAGCAAAAGAAGACGGAUCAGGCGUCGAUGACGGACACGGCCAGGUCGCAGGCGCUGGCGAAUAAGGACCUACUUAAAGCGUUGAAGCGGGCGGAAGCGCGUACGAGCAGGGCGGAAGAGAGGAGGAAGAGGGCGGAGGACGAGGCGUACGAGUUGGGAGGCGGUGGAGCAUAUGGUACGAGCUCAGGAGAGUAUAGUCUGCGGGACGAUAGGUGA